CAUCUAGUUGGCUCCAAAUUGUGAACCACAGGAUGAGUAUUCAGUGGGCAUGAGAGAUUGAGAACAUUCUACCACACCAUAAACCUUGGUGUAGAUCACUUCCUAUUCUGUGGAUUGAAGCCAGAGAGCACAAUGAGUACAAGAAAUCCUCAAAGAAAGCGGCGUGGUGGAGCUGUGAAUUCUAGACAAACCCAGAAGCGAACUCGGGAAACAACUUCAACCCCUGAGAUUUCCUUGGAAGCAGAACCCAUAGAACUUGUGGAAACCGUUGGAGAUGAAAUCGUGGACCUCACCUGUGAAUCUUUAGAGCCUGUGGUUGUGGACCUGACUCACAAUGACUCUGUUGUGGUAAGCAUUUGGAAAGGAGAAGGCCAAGGAGAAAUGGGAGGAGGUUGCGCCAAGACCAUGCUGACAGCUGUGUGGUGAGCAGUGAUGAUGAAGAACUGUCUAAGGACAAAGAUGUAUACGUGACUACCCAUACUCCUCGAAGCACCAAGGAUGAAGGAACUACUGGACUUAGGUAAAGUGCUCUGUGUUACUGUGUUGGGUAGAGGCCAGGGUUACUGCAUAUGCAAACAGGUAUGUUAGCUCUUGCUCCAGAGCACAAUCUUCCAAGCAGGUGAGCACAUUGGGAAUACAGGGUUGGGCUCAGCUGUCUGCUCAGGAUAGACAGUUGGUAGAUAGAGCAGGAGCCAGACGUAUCCACAGUUACCAGGUUGUCACAGAUGGGGGUGGCUAUAAGGUGUUACAGGUGCCACUAGCAACAGUGCUGGAAGUAAAAGAGGUGGGCAAGCCUACUUAACCACAUCUUUUAUUUAGACCUUCUCUCAUUCCCUUUUUCAAUGGCCGUUGGAGCCCAAACCUACAGUUACUUUACCUUUGUUUUUUGGGUGCCUGUCCUAACUCAGCAAAAAUGAGAGAUUUGGUAGAAGAUAUAGACUGUGUAUUUGAAGUUGCUUUACAGGGUAUAAUUGAGUACUUUACUUAGAAACUGAUGCAAAGCAUUGUGAUUUUAGGCCCUCGGGCACCGUCAGUUGUCCGAUCUGCAUGGAUGGAUACUCUGAGGUAAGCAACCUACUUCACUCAAAAGAACUUGGAGGAUUUGUGCAUUGUGUGGAAUUUGAUACCUGUCAUGAGGCUAAUUUGCAAGUGUAUGUGUCGGUGGUGGUGGCACAUUUUAUCUUUAGCCCUUGUGCAAAUUGAUGUUUCCACUCCAGCUUUAACUAGAAGCUGCUGGCUUUUUUUUUUUUUUUUUCUUCGGAGCUGGGGGCCGAACAGGGCCUUGUGCUUGCUAAGCAAGCGCUCUACCGCUGAGCCAAAUCCCCAACCCCGCUGCUGGCUUUUUUUUGAGGUUCCUCAUAAUCACUUUGUACUACUGCACUUGGCGAAGUCCUGUCCAAUGAGACUGUUGUAUAUGCCUCUGCCUUUUCUGGUAUAACCCAGCUCCUUUGUUUUACUGGUCUCCUUGUAGAAAAGGGGAUACUUUAAGGCUGGUUUUUUGUUUUUUUUUGUUUUUUUAAAUCUUUAUUAAAGGCUGUUCUUUUAAUGUCUUCUAGAUUGUGCAGAAUGGGCGUCUCAUUGUUUCUACAGAAUGUGGCCACGUCUUCUGUAGCCAGUGCCUCCGUGAUUCCCUUAAGAAUGCUAACACUUGCCCAACUUGUAGGAAAAAGAUCAACCAUAAACGGUACCAUCCCAUUUAUAUAUGAAAUGUUCACAACUGCUCAGGAUAGACCAAUGGACAGACAACCGGGCUGGCUUUUCUGCAUGGUAUCUGCCUCCAGUUUCCUGAGCUCAAAAAGACUUUCAAAAAUCAAUGUCUGAUGUAAACUGGUCUUUUGUUUUCCAACCCCUUACAUCCUUUUGUUAUCUCCAGUUUGAUGCUAUGGAGCACGAUCCAGGGAUCCUCCCAGAUCAGCUCAGCAUCUCUGCCCCUCUGGGUGGUCUGAACCCAGAGUUGGAAAAAAGGAGUCAGGCAUAUUGCAGUUGAGCAUCAUGGCUCUAGCCUCUUUGUGGAGCUUAUGUGUUGGUCAAGAAGUUUCCCUGUUGGGAAAGUUUGCCCCAGUUCUUGUGGGUGCAGAACAUUCCCAAGGCACCUGCCAGUUAGCUAUUCUGCCUGCCAAACAGUGACCUGGCCAGACAGUCCAUCUAGUCCAAGGAUACCAGUACAUAAACUGCCCGUGAAACAGCCUAGCUGGUGGACUUAGUUUUCCUUCCCAUGAGAGCAGAGGUGACCUGUGAUUAUGCCUGAAACUUAUCAUUGAUGUGCAGUGUUUUCUGCAAAUCAAGAGACUCUGCAGGGCAACCUGUUUCCUAAGAAUGAGAAAGUGCAAUAAAGCCUGUUCUUCACUUGCUCUUCAGCAAUCUGGAAGAUGUAGCACUGCUAGUAUCCUCAGCCCAGUGUUGCCUGUGGGAGCAGUGCCCAUCCCACCCCAUCUCUAUUCACCAACUGUUCUCAGGAACCCUACCCAUGCUCCAAAGUUCUUUGCCUGGCACAGAGCAUUCAAAGCUAAUAGGACAAGCAAGUAUUUGAGUGUCUUUUCUUUUCUGCUAAGAUGUGUCCUGUGUUGUCUACAAUGCCCUCCAACCCUCAGUUUUUCAGUUCCCACUGCCUAAUGUCUGCCCAAGCAUAGAUACCAGGAGGUGGUAGCAGUAACAAUGGCCUUAUCAGCUGUUCACUUACAUGCUUUUGCCUAAGUCACUGUUGCCCAUGUGUCAGAGGUCUUGCCCUACUCAACCUACCACUGCCCUGGCUUUCCCACACCCCUUGAAUAGAUAGAUAUUUCCAAAGCUGCUCUUCUGGCCAGUUGAGCUUUGAUCCUCUGGACUUUGACUGCUCAGUAGGUUUUGGUCAGCAAAGCGUGGUGCCUCCUCUUCCCAGUGGGACCACAUAACAAUCUCUGCUCUGGUGCUCUCGGAGAUAGCAAAGGUGGUCAGUUGCCACUGGGGACACCAGGACAGGGUAGCUCAUAAAGGAUAGGAUAGGCUUUGAAUGCCAGCCUGCCUCCACCUCCACACUACUUCCUCAGAGGGCUUCAAGUCAAACCAAUAGCCUUUUUGUGUGGAACAUCUUUGAGGUAGGAAAGAGACCACUGGAGCUUUGCUAGCAAUAACUGACUUUCAGUUUACUGUUCUGAAGGAGCAGGGACUCAGCACAGAAUUCACUUUAAAUGGAGCUGAAGGAGUGUCCCUCCUCUCUGUGAAAAGAAAAUAGUUUUAUUCUUCAUUCUGACUUUUUAACUGUUUGACUUCAGUUAGUUUGAAUGAGAGUAAUAAGUUUUUUUACAUGGACUCAGAGGGUAAGAGCAUUAACUUUCAUCAUUGUGAUGUAUGGUAUGUGCCCUCCCCUUGGAUGUCACAGCCAUUGAGUUCCCCGAGGGCCUCAUGGACUUGAUCUUGUUAGUUCUAAUGAUAGCCAGACUUCAAGGAGACAAGGCAACCAUGCAGCCAGUUCACUGGUAAAUAUGGUGACACCCACUUAAAAAUUCGUUUUCUCCUUAAAGACAGUUUAUGAAGUUGAUCAUAAAAGUUCUAUUACUUCAUCCUAAAUUAAAUUGAGAAAGAGACAUGUUUAGUUCUAAUCAGAAACUGCAUUAAUAGGAAAAGGUUGGUAUAAAAAAAGGUUUUCUUUCCUUUUUCCUUAAUGUAUAUAGUUUAACUCUUUUCUUUGUUACAUUUAAACUAUGCUCAUGGGUAUCAGUCUGUUUUGGACUAGUAUUAAAGAUGGAAAUAAACAAUUUGAACCAA